UAAUAUUCAGAUGGCCAUUCCAGAACGUUGUACUUGUUCCUCUGCAUGAAUGCCUAAGUACAUUUUGAGCAGUGUUUAGGGUCGUUGUCUUGUUGAAGUAUCCAGCCCCGGCGCAACUUCAAUUUUGUCACUGAUUCUUGAAAACUGUUCUCAAGAAUUUGCUGAUAUUGACUGGAAUCCAUGUGACCCUCAACUUUAACAAAAUUCCCAGUACCUUCACUGGCCACACAGCCCCACAGCAUGAUGGAACCGCCACCAAAUUUUACUGUAGGUAGCAGGUGUUUGUCUUGGAAUGCUGUGUUCUUUUUCCACCAUGCAUACCGCCCCUUGUUAUGUCCAAAUAACUCAUUUUAGUUUCAUAAGUCCACAGCACCUUAUUCCAAAAUGAAGCUGGCUUGUCCAAAAAAAACGUACCACACAAGAAAAUCAGAUCCCGGACGAGUAUAUGUAAACAAAAUUUGCGGGUCUUCUUCUAUGGUGUGAAACGGCAGUUGUCAGCUCAUCUGCGUUACAGGGCAUUAUCACCACCUACUGUUAAGAAGUGUGAACAGAUGACACUUUUAAUUUUUUUCUCAACAUUUUUUUGCCCACUGAAAACCAGUUGAGAAUCACUGUUGUAGAGUUCAGAAUAUGUGGGCACUGAAGUAUGCACCGUGAACUACCUCAAACAAGGAAACAAUAUCAUAUUUCAUGUUUGUUUUCUUUUUUUUCCACUGCAUUUGAGUAUCAACUUUCCAAUUAGUGUUUUCCUAAUUUUCUGGAAUUGUGAUGAUAACUGAAGCUCAGAAACAUGUUGAAAAUGAGGUUCCCCCUGAAAGAGACAUCAGGCUUUAUGGUUUUCCCUGCUGUGGCGUUGCUGGUCCUGAGCUGUCCUCACCGCGCCUCUUCAGAAUCCCAUUCACUGUCACUCAUGGCGACAUUCAUCUAUGGAGAGACACCAUUCCCUGAGUUUACACUGGUAAUGACAAUCAACAAUGUCCCAGUUGAGUACUACGACAGCAAUAUUAAAAAGAUUGUCUCACGGCAACACUGGAGCCCAAACGACUCUGUUGAGGAUACUGAGAGGAAAUAUUUUGUGGUGGAAGAGACACACAGAAGUAUGACAAUUGCUACUGAUCUUAUGAUGAAGCACUUUAAUCAUACUAACGUCACAGGGAUUCGCGUUUAUCAGAAAUUUGCUGCAUGUGAAUUGGAAGGUGACAAACUGAGCCGGUACUUCCUCCAAGAUGCUUAUGAGGGCGAGGAGACGAGGACCUAUGACAUCCUGGAGCAAAGAUACAAUCCAUGUGUGCCAGAGUUGAUCUGGAACAAGUUAAAAAUGGAGGAUGAAAAAAAGAUUUUCAUAAAUGUAUACCAGCCUCUUUGUCUUAAGGUGUUAAGGCAAUACCUCCAGCAGGACAAGAAUGUGUUAAUGAGAAAAGAGCGACCCAGGGUCAGGGUAAUCCAAAGGAGAGACCCAGGCACUGGCGGAGCACAGGUGUGCUGCUUGGCCACUGGCUUCUUUCCCCGGCACAUCAACAUGACCCUGCUGAGAGACGGCCAGCCCCUCCCAGAGCAGGAUCUGACAGGCGGGGAGGUGCUGCCCAAUGGCGACGGAACAUUCCAGAUGAGGAAGAGCCUUGUCAGUGAGCAGCAGUUGAAGGAGAAGCACCUGUACAUCUGUACAGUCACACAUCUGGACAGAAAGGAAGACUAUGGAUUGGAACCAGAAGAUCAUCCAGAUGUUAUCUUCAUUCCUGUCCUGGUUGUGACUGUCCUUGCUGUGAUUGUCCUGGUUGUAGCCAUCUUCCUCUGUUGGAGAAGACAGACCAGUCCACCGGAUCCAUGUCAAACCUCUGCUACUGUAAGAUACACUGCAGCCCGGAGUGAGUGACUCAUUUGUAGCAAGAGACUGCAAUGGGCACAAGGCAGGGAACAACCCAGGAUGGGGGGCCAGCCCAUCGCAGAGCACACUCACAGACCAUUCAUACCUACGGGCAAUUUAGCAACUCCAAUUAGCCUCAGCAUGAUUUUGGACUCUGGGGUGAAACCGGAGUGCAGUAGUUAAUCCCCACACCAUAAUCUAAUUUCUGUACAGCAUGUCCUUUUUGCUUUAGUCUUGUCAAAAUAGGUUAUGUGGUUUCCUGCUGUAAUAAUUUUACACAACUUAAACUAUAUAUGUGUGUGUGAUUAUCGUGUAAGGCAUUGCAUGAAAAGCAGUUAACCAAAAUUACAAAAUAAUUAAAAAAUAUAUUCCAUAAAGUGAUGCGGCAUUGUUUUUGGUUCCCACAGUACAUGAUUUUGUUAUUUUGUUAUCCUUGUGUUGCCAUUUUGCUGUUUUUGUUAUACAGUACUGUGUGACUAUUUUUGUUUUGCUACUGUACUGUCUUGAGAUUUGAAGAAGUUACAUGUGCAUCUGAGUGCUUGCCAGUGAACAAACUGUAAUGUAGAGCCUUGCAAUGGUGAAACUGGUGUCUUUGCCAAGAAUAAGUAUCAGUUAACACUUUUUCUAAAUAAAGUUUUUAUGUGAACAACUUGA